CCAUAAAUAUAAUUUGACAAGAUGGCGGACGAACAAGUGGAACGCAGUUACAUCCGUCCACUUUUUGAGCGCAUUUUUACGCGGAGGUUCCUUGGAAUUCUUGCCCUUGGUCAAUUGUUGUCAUGGCUCGUUUGUGGUACUGGUGUAUUUAGUCAGCUCUUGGCAUCUGAUUAUGGCAUUGAGAUUCCAACAACACAAAGUUUCUUGAACUAUUUAUUAUUAGGACUUAUACACACAACCACACUGGCCUGUCAUCCUAUGGAAUUUAAAAAGAGACUUACUGAAACAGGAUGGAAAUAUUUUUUAAUUUCACUCUGUGAUGUUGAGGCAAAUUAUUUGGUUGUUAAAGCUUAUCAGUACACAAAUUUAACCAGCAUUCAGGUCUUGGACUGUUUCUCAUUAGUAUCAGUUUUAGUUCUAUCUUGGAUAUUCUUAAAAGUACGCUAUCAGUUUGUCCAUUACUCUGGUGUACUCAUCUGUUUAGCUGGCAUCGCUUGUCUUGUUAUAGCAGAUUACUUUGGUUCUCGCUAUUAUGGUCCAGGUAAAAAUCAAGCCAUAGGAGAUGUUCUGGUGUUGUGUGGAGCCAUCAUGUAUGGAAUUUCGAAUGUUGCAGAGGAGUUUGUAGUAAAGAACUUUAGUAGAGUUGAAUUUCUUGGCAUGAUUGGACUCUUUGGGAGUUUUAUCUCAGCAAUUCAGAUGAUGAUUCUUGAAAGAAAUCAACUGUCAGCCAUUGAAUGGGAUUAUAAAAUUGUUUUAUACUUCAUUGGGUUUGGACUUUGUUUGUUUCUGCUGUAUAACCUGGUACCUGUUGCUAUAAAGUUCAGCAGUGCCACAGUUGUAAACUUGUCCCUACUGACAGCAGACUUUUACAGCUUACUCUGUGGAUUAUUUCUGUUCCAUUACAAGUUCUCAGCACUGUACCUUGGAUCUUUAGCAUUGGUAAUAUUGGGCGUCAUUAUUUACAACCUUAAACCCACACCCAGUCAUCCUAGCUCUACUGUUACCCAGUUCCCCUCCUACAGACAACUCGAAGAAGACUCACAGCAAACAGACGACAAUUCAUCUUCUUCAUCAUGUUGUUGUCAAGAAUUACAAACUGGUCAAGUUGAUACUGACAAUGUAUAAAACGUGAUCAUUGGCAGCCAAGAAAUUAUUUGUUGAUAUUUAAUGUAUGAAAUUUUAUAUACAUGAUAUAUUUAACGUGUUUCAAUGUAAUAGAAGUAAAGACACUUUUUUAAAAAUUUUUUAUUGCCCGCACACCAAAAAAUUGGAAGAGAAUUGAUAAUUAUGUUCAUUUUGAGACCCAUAACUUUGAUUGAAAGGUUUUUAGUUUCACUUUUUUUCUGGAAACAAUCUUUAGGUCGUAGGUCAUGGACACCGACUGAGUCAUAGGAAAAGGUAACGGAAAGUCACGGAAUAGUAUAAGUUUGAAAAAGAACUGGAGCUUGGCUGUAAUGAAGCUAGCUGUGUUAAGUUUUGUUAAUUUAGCUUAAAUACUCUUCUAAUCAUUAAUUAAGAUAGGAAUCAAUUUCACUGGCGUGAAGACACAUUAACUACAUAUUCAA